AGGUGAGUGCUGCUUUUCGGAGUGUUAUUCAAGUGCAGCUGAAUAGACUAAACUGACUGAAAAAUAAAUCAAACGAGCAAAAAACAAUAGAUAAAAUGUGGUUGCAUUAGGUCACGAGGCAUAUCACUACUACAUGUUAGAAUUUAAUCAUUCAAUACAGAAAUGAUUAUUCAGAGGGAUUGCAGGCAGUCGUAACCUAACUUCGACUUUUAACUGGAGAACUGGAGGUGAAUAUUCACUAUACUUUCACCUUACGAAACACCUCGAUGUAUUCAACAAUUCAUGUACAUCGUGUUGAAGAAUACCUUGAAACAAUUAAGAACGGUUCAGGCGUGAAAGCAUAGAGAAACCAUCAUGAUGUCCAAUGGAAUACGGGCUCCCAGUCAGGAAGACGCGGCAAAAACAGGGAGAUCGAGAACGAGCACCAACGGUGCAUCGACAUCAUCAACCCUCGAUUCACCCCUAAUGAAGUUGUCAUCGUACUUCCUGGCUGUCAGACCAUGGUCUCUCAGUGCAUCACUGAUGCCAACACUCCUCGGUUCAGCACUGGCGUAUCGUCUAACUGGUCUAGAGAGCUUCAGUCUAAUAUCGUUUAUCUUAACCCUUUAUACGAUAAUAUCAGUGCAUGGAGCUGGAAAUGUUGUAAACACAUACUUCGAUUACAUCAAGGGGGUUGACAGUGGGGGAAAAAGCGAUGACAGAAUACUGGUGGAUCAGUUGUUAUCUAAGGACGAGUUAGUGUCAUUAGGGACAAUACUUUAUGCAGCUGGAUGCCUGGGUUUUGUGCUAUUAGCAACGAUAUCACCAGCUAAAAUGGAACAUCUGGCCCUUGUUUUUUUCGGGGGCCUGUCAUCAUCAUUCCUGUAUACUGGUGGCAUUGGACUCAAGUACAUUGCGCUUGGUGACGUACUUAUACUUGUAAUAUUCGGCCCAAUAUCUGUGUUAUUUGCUUUUAUGGCUCAAACUGGAUACAUCAAGUGGGGUACGAUAUACUAUGCAAUACCGUUGGCAUUGAAUACAGAGGCUAUUUUGCAUAGUAAUAAUACCCGCGAUCUUGAGAAUGACAGAAGAGCUGGUAUUGUCACUCUUGCUAUUCUCAUUGGUCGCACUGCAUCACACGUUUUAUACGCUUUUUUACUUUUUACACCGUACAUAACCCUCGUUGUACUUGCACUCAGGUAUUCAGUGUGGUUCCUAUUACCACUUGUUACACUACCAACUGCGUUCAAAAUUGAAAAACAAUUUCGAAAUCCAAUGACGAUACAGAGUGUACCUAAGCAAACAGCAAGGCUCAAUAUGUUUCUUGGGGUGCUUUACGUACUUUCUUGUCUCCUUGUUGAGCCACUUCCGUACUUUUAACUUGAUCUUUUUCUUCCUAUUAUUUUUCUUUAUUUUCCGAAUCCGAUUACUAUUGCUACACUGAGGAGACAAGUUUUUUGCGAUAAGUACGUUCUUACUUGUGGCCCUAAAUUCCUAGCUUGAAUAUUAUCAAGGACAAUGUGUCAAACUUUUUAGGACAAGUGUAGAAUUUUUCAACGACAUUUUUUCUUUUUUCGUCCCGCAUAUUCUGUUCUUGACAAUUUUCAAGUCGCAAUUUUUUUUGUAUCGGUAAGAGAUGCUCCUCAAAAACUGUUCUUUCCUCAGGUAAAUGCUAAUUAUUGUUCUCACGAUUAUUUGGCCAGCGAAUUUAUUGUGAUGCAUAAUAUAAGUCGGUUUGUUGAUCUGUUUUGAAAGAUUGUCAUGUUUGAAGGUAGAAAAUAUCGACGGAAAUGUGAAGACAUAAAUGGUAAUCUGUCGAAGACUAUUCGUCUGGAAAUUUUUGUAUUUUCAUUUUUGGAAUUUCCAAGACGAAAUAUCGAAUAAAUAUUUUUCAUCGACUCUCAUUGAAUAAUCACUUGGGUUUAUUUUUUAUUUAUAUUCUAUGGAUAUUGUUUUGUUUUAGGAUUAUUCAAUUGACCUUCAAUGAUGAUUAUUUUGGGGGAAAUAAAUUUUGUAUAUUGGUCAUGACUAGCAUAUUAAAACGUGAGAUGCCAGUAAUUGACGAAUAACAGUAACUUUAUCAAUACUACAACAUUGUAUUGUUUUUAUAUUGAACUUAUCGUGAAUCUGAGGAUGAAUUUGUAAAAAGUGCUAAGACAUACUCAAAACCCACGGUUGAUGAAAAUCUAUUUAUUGUAUCAUUUUAUCGCAAAUUAAUCUUACAAGAAAAUAAUAUCGAGCUGAACAUAAAGGGGAAUUAAUGUAUAGAUUAAGGAGGAUUCAAGGGACAAUAGUAGAAAAAAUAAUUCGAUAGAAGUUUUUAUUCUCAAAAACAAAAAAGCUAGAGGAGAAAUUAAUCUAAUAAACUUUUACUUGCGAUAUAAUAAGUCUAUAUAGAAUGACAUAAAUGGGCUCUAAGAAUCAAGCGAAAAACAAUAUCUGGCUAUGUACGUAGAGCAGACCAGCUUCUUCCGCCGAAAUAUCAAUGUAAUUGAAUAGUGGAGAGACAAAAACCUAUAUGAACUCGUGCUUUAGAGAAAGCAACCCCUGAUUGUCUCGAUGUGUAUAUUUUUAAUUUCUCCAUUGAAACGUAAUUCACAUCAUCAUUCAGUUGAGUAUCGAUGUAAAUCACCGAUAUAUGGGUAGAUCAAAAGGCCGAUUUGACUCAUCAGUAAUAAAGCCUUUAAAGUUGAAUAACCCCUUAUCAAACCUUAUCAUAGGUUCAUCUUGUUUCUGACUGGCAGAAGGUGUCUGGGAGGGAUAGACUAAUAAAUUGUAUGAGAAGAAAA